AUGUUGCAUCAGCAGCUAAAGCUGAUGGAAAGCCUCAGUGUCAAGCUAUCAAACUCAUUCGCGGGCCAAUUCGGUUCUGCUGGUGGCUCACAAUCCGUCGAUUCCAUCGCCAGCAGCAUUGCGGAAUUCUUUUAUGAUCCACAGGCCCAAAUACCUUUCGACUCCUGGUACACACGAUACGACGAUUUGUUCUCUAUCGAUCUGGCUACCCAGGAAGACGCAUGGAAGGUACGACUCCUCCUCCGCAAAUUGGGUCUUGCCGAGCAAAUCGUCUAG